AUGGUUGGACCUAACGCUGAGACAGCUAUUCACACCCUGGCCAUGGGCGAUCAUCCUCUUCAAGCUGGAGAUGAUCACUCUAGCGCCGACAAAGGGCUUCCCUUGGAUAUGAAAGCGUCAGUGCCGCAUUUCAAAGCAAAUGAAGGAGUAACACAACCCAUCGAACAGGAAGAAGGUGUGACACGAAUCGAAGCGUUGUACCUCGUUUUUGGUAAAGGAUGGGGCUUGUAUGCACUGUGGGGGUCAAUAGCCCUCAUCGCGUAUGUAUACUCUCUCAGUCGAAGUACGACCGUAUACUACGCUGCAUUUGCCACGUCCCACUUCGGAGAGCACACCAUCAUCGGUACGAUAGGUGUAAUCAGAGCCAUCUUAGCUGGCGUUUCUCCUCCAUUCAUUGCAAAACUUGCGGAUGUUUGGUCUCGACCGCAUGCACUGACUUUAUCUGUGAUAUGCUACUCUGUUGGAUAUGCAAUGUGUGCCGGAGCGACCAACGUAACGACUGUGGUUGCUGGUCAGGUAGUUUACACUCUAGGUAAUACUGGUAUUACGUUCCUGAACAGCUUGAUCAUUGCCGAUAUAACAUCGCUACAAUGGAGAGCAUUCGUCGACGGGGCGAUCAACGUACCAUACGUCUUGAAUGCUUUCGUAGCAGGAUAUAUCACCACUGGAAUCAACGGAUAUAGUGAUAAUGGAUGGCGAUGGGGUUUUGGGAUGUUCUGCAUCCUCUUACCUGUCUGUGUAUCACCUGCACUAGCAGUGCUGCUCAUUGGUGACCGUCGGGCCAAACAACUUGGUGCGCUAUCACUGGCAUCAUCUUCUUAUGUCCGUCGACGAGAACUUUCUCGAGAUCCGGGUGAAUCUUCAAAUCGAACCCUUUAUCAAAGUGUUCGGUUUUAUUGGACAAGAUUGAACGCAUUCGGCCUUCUGCUCAUGGGUUUCGGUUUCGCUCUCAUACUUACACCCAUCACCCUUAGUUCCACCGCUACGGGAGGCUAUAAGAAUCCUUCGCUGAUCGCCAUGUUGGUUAUCGGUGGAGUGUUGUUCAUCUCCUGGUGCAUCUGGGAUGGGUUCUAUGCUCAAUACCCCUUCAUGCCUAAACGUGUUUUCAACCGAACAUUCGUUGCUUGUGUUACGAUCGACUUUUUUUUCUACUUCGCCAGCUACCUAAUAGAUGGAUACUUCGCUUCCUGGGUAUACGUCAUCGUGGAUUGGUCUGAUCGAAAUUAUACCUUCUUCAACAAUACUGUAACCGUUGCGAUGUGUGGUUUUGCCAUCUUCUCUGGAUUAGUCAUGCGAUAUACUCACCGAUACAAGUAUCUUCAGACUUGUGGAAUCGCUCUAUUCGUUAUCGGUACUGGCCUCACAUACCGUUCCACUAUGCAGCCUACCGACGCCGUCCUGGUCUUAUCCCAAUGCUUUAUCGGCUUUGGCGGUGCAAUAUCCGUCAGCUCGUCUUAUACUGCCGUUCAAGCUUCAGUGCCUCAUCAAGAUAUGGCCAUAGCUGUGGCUGUACUCAAUCUUUGGGCAUCAGUCGGUAGUUCGAUAGCCAUCGCCAUUUCCACUUCCGUAUGGAAUAAAAACGUCCCGGCUAACUUGGAAAAAUAUGCUGGGUCAGUCCUGAAUGCAACUGAGCGUGCAGAGAUAUUCGGAUCAAUCUACGUUGCCCGGCUUGCUGAGCCAAGAAGUCUGAUUAAGCAAGCUUAUCUGGAUUCCACAAACAAGCUAUUCUUGGCAGCCUUAAUCGUUUCUUUUGGUAGUCUGAUCGCUUGUCUGUUUACUUCCAACUAUUACCUCGGUAACUCUCUCAACGCGGUUGAGGUCGACAAAGUAGUAAAAUUCCGAACGGCUGAAGAGAUCAAUGAAGAACUAAAUCGUCGGGCGAAAGCCAGAGAUGAGGCAGCUCCUUAG